AUGGGCGCGCUCGACAAGCGCUUGGAAGCGCUGCUCCAGGACAGAAAGGCCAAGAACCGCUUCAGAUCGCUGAAGGAAUACAAUACCUCGACUUCCUCUGAGCUAGUCGAUUUUAGCUCUAAUGACUACCUCUCGCUGACCAGCUCGUCAGAGCUUCGUCAGGAGUACCUGAAGAGAUUGGCUGCUUCGCCACACAUCCUCGGGUCGACCGGAUCGCGCCUGCUCAGCGGGGGUACGUCGGCGCACUCGGCGCUCGAAUCGCGCUUCUCAUCAUUCUUCGACUCGCCUGCAGCUCUCCUGUUCAAUUCGGGAUGGGACGCCAACGUCUCCUUCUUCGGUACUGUCCCGCAGUCAAGCGACUGGGUGGUGUACGAUGAGCUCGUACAUGCCUCGGUACACUCGGGAAUGCGGGCAUCACGCGUUCGACCGGAACGGCGGAUACCCUUUCGGCAUAACGAUCCGGACGCCCUGCGGGAGGUGCUGCUACGUAUACGUCGCAAAGAGGAUGCGGGACCCUCCAGCUCCACAAAGCAGGAAGGCGUCAUCUUUCUGGCGCUGGAAAGCCUGUACUCGAUGGACGGGGACCUGGCCUGUCUGCCAGCGUUCCUGGACGUGAUGGAUGAGGUUGUGCCGAGGGACAGGCAGUGUGUGGUGUUGGACGAGGCGCACUCCACUGGCGUAUAUGGGUCAGGUGGAAGAGGCGUGGGCCAUGCUAUAGGGGAGGCGGGAGACGGGAGAGUGGGGGUCAGGUUAAUGACGUUUGGCAAGGCAGUAGGGAGCUCCGGAGCUGUCUUGCUAUGUUCGCCAGUCAUACGGUCAUUCCUGAUUAACUUUGCGAGACCGCUCAUUUUCUCGACCGCUAUACCCCACUCAACGUUGAUCUCGCUGGAAUGUGCCUGGGACCUACUACAAAGCACAGAUGGAGAUCAGCGUCGGGACAAACUCAUGUCAUUGUCUUCCAACUUCCACGCUCUCGUCCGACCCAUCCUCGCUCGAACCCCUCGAUCUACCCUCUCACUCCCGCCUGCAGCCGCAGCACCCUUCGCUUCAGCUCGGCAACGGCACCCCACACUCCCCGCCGACCCAUUCUCACCCAUUAUCGGCCUUCUUACUCCUCGACCCCACGCACUAUCGGCCUUCCUGCUGGAACGGGGUCUGGUUGUGCGACCUGUCGUUCCGCCGACGGUACCUCCCGGUGGUGAGCGGGUACGGAUCUGCCUGCGGGCGGACAUGGGGAUGGAGGUGGUGGAGCGGCUGGUGAAGGCUUUGGAGGCGUGGGCAGAUCAGGAGCGGGCCGGUGGGGUGGGCAGGGGUACUGCGGGAGUGCAGCAGGUACAGCUUCGAGGAAGAUUGUAG